GAAUCUUACCGCCAACUAUUCCGCGCGGGGCACAUUUAUAUCGGCAGGCUCGGUGCAGUGUUUUUUACUGCAACCGCAGCAAUGAUCUAUGGCAUGAUGGCUGUGAAUAUCUUGUCGACCGUUAUUGGCACUGUUGGUAAUGCGCUGGUGAUCAGAACAGUUCUUUCGAGCUUAAGUCUACAGACGACUUCGAAUUUUUGGUUGGUGAGCAUGGCCGUAGCUGAUUUAUUUGUCACCGCCCUUGGACAACCUCUCUUGUCAGUUUUCCUGGGUCUCCAAAUCAGAGGUGUUUGCAACCAAACCGUGUCUCAAGCGUUCCGUUUGAUCGCCAACAUGUCAUGCUCGGCAUCCGUUCUUCAUUUGUGCUUCAUAAGCAUCGAUCGCUGCAUUGUCAUCUUACGGCCUCACGAUUCCCGGGCUAUUAGAACAAAACAGCGCUUCAUGAUAGCGCUAACAGUCGCGUGGGCACUACCCGGCGUCUACGGCGUGCUACGCAUGACGGUCAGCAAAACAGCAACGUCUUAUUUCACGGUUGUUGCCGUCGGACUUUGUUACAUCGCGAUAAUCGUAUGCUACACUCUGAUCAUUCUCAAACUCAGAAAACACGGCUACACGACUCGACUUUUUCGCAAUCAAACUGGAAGAGGUGCAGCAGCAGAAGCUGAGCGUCGUGUGACAAUCACUAUAGCGAUCGUUGUUGUUAUUUUCACGAUUUGCUGGUUUCCUAUAUUGUACCUGCGCUCCGCAUUCGCUGAAGAAAACUUUGGCGCUCCUUACAAUUGGGCAAGAACACUUGCGUUGACCAAUUCAUCUAUGAACCCGUGGAUUUAUUGUUUUAGGAUAGCUGAGUUCCGUCAAGCAUACAAAAGAUUACUGAGGUGUCAAUGGAAGCUUGCCUUUAGACCUGGUGAAACAGGUGAACAACGAGAAAUGAACACACUUUCUAGUGACUUGGAAGCAAAACAUCAAGUUUCAACUAUAGCUACAGCGCAAAAAGAUUCGUCUCAUUCUGGCUAG